AUGGUGAAAUUUGCUGUCCCAUACUUUUGGAAGCUGCUCAUCCGGCGUGUCUCUGCCUUUCAUCACAAGUGGACAUACCAUGCCAGUCCUAGUGCUAGGAAUAUCGUUGUGAUAGGUGGGUCUUUUUCAGGGGUUCACCUAGGCAAGAGACUUAGCGAGACGGUCCCCACGGGUCACAGAGUGAUUGUUGUCGAACGGAACUCCCAUCUUUAUUAUCUUUUCAACUUUCCGCGCUUUUCUGUGAUUCCUGGUUACGAAAAGCAAGCAUUUAUCCCCUAUGACGGAUUAAUUAAAUGUGCACCACCAGGCGCGCUUCAAUUUAUUCAAGACACUGUUACUCAUAUCAGAAAGGACUGCAUUCAGCUCGCCUCGGGUGGGCAAAUACCGUUUGCAUACCUGGCCAUUGCCACCGGUUCCAAACAAAACUUCCCAGAAAAUAUCACGGCAUCAGAAUCCAGGGAAGCAUGCAACGAGCUUCGACAAAUACAGAAAAAAAUUCAAGCAGCACGACGUAUUGCCGUCAUUGGGGGUGGGGCACUUGGUGUUGAGAUCAGUGCUGAUAUCAAAAGCUUCUUUCCCCAGAAAAUCGUCACGCUGUUUCAUUCCCGGGAUCGGCUUCUGCACCAAUUUGGGCCUAAACUCCAUGGAUUUGUUAUCGCAGCUCUUCAGAAAAUGGGUAUCCGCAUUGUACUACGGCAGCGGCCGAGGGUUUUACCGGAAAGGAACUGUUUAGAGUGGUCAAGUCAUCGAGAAGAAUUUGACUUGGUUAUCCCGUGCACCGGCCAGACCCCUAACUCAACAAUUGUGACUGGAUUUGCGCCUGCCAGUGUCUCACAAGAAACCCAGCGAGUCUUGGUCAAGCCCAGCUUGCAGCUGCAAGACGCAAGGUUCCCAAACGUUUUUGCACUCGGUGAUGUUGCAGAAACCCAUGGCCCGAAAAUGGCGCGAGCUGGAUAUUUUCAGGCAGAGAUUGUAUCGGAAAACAUCUUGAACAUGAUCAGAGGCAACGCUCCGAACAAGCUCUAUCGACCAAUGAUGGAAGUCGAAGGGGCCAUAAGGUUAUCACUGGGAAAAAACGCUUGGGUCCUUCACGUCCCUGGCAGUGAUCGAGAUCUUUUGGUAUCGGGCGAUGACGGCAAAUUGGAUUUAGGAAUCAAUGAAGGGUGGAACAUGAUGAGGGUGAAAAUGGAAGAUGGCAAAUAA